AUUGUGGAUCAUGGUAAUGAAAGAAUUGUUGCCGUGAAGGUGCUCAACCUCCAACGGUAUGGAGCUUGCAGGAGUUUUAUGGCUGAAUGCAAAGCCCUGAGAAACAUCCGGCAUCGAAACCUCGUCAAGAUCUUCACUUCGUGCUCGAGUGUAGAUCACCAUGGUAAUGAUUUUAAAGCUUUAGUUUUCAAAUUCAUGCCUAAUGGGAGUCUAGAAGAGUGGUUGCAUCCGAACGCACAUGAGGAUCAUCAAUGUAGAAGUCUAAGCCUCAUCCAGAGGCUGAACAUAGCCAUCGACAUUGCUUUGGCACUGGAGUAUCUUCAUAACCUUGGGCCAACGCCAAUUGUUCACUGUGAUCUUAAGCCCAGUAAUGUUCUUCUGGAUAAUGACUUGACUGCUCGUGUGGGUGACUUUGGAUUAGCAAGGUUUCUCGUGCAAACACAUGGUGAAUCAUCUCAGAGUUCAAGCAGCACGGUGGGAAUCAAGGGAACCAUUGGUUACGUCCCUCCAGGUGUGAAUUUUAUUUGCUCUAUCUCUCUCUCACAUGCUCAAAGACGUGCUUUCAUGCACCUAUUGCUUAGGAUUAGGAACUUGGAUAAGUCGCUCUCUGUUACAAAUGCUUUGUAUAAAUUUCAGUUCGAACAGCCCAUGCCCUAUACUUGGCUUGAAAGGACGAUUCACCUUCCUUCACAUGAAUCCACCAUUGAAUCACCAACCGUGCAGCUCUUCAUGCAAUUUGAACCCUAUUAUCCAUCCACCCGCAUAGAUCUUAAAGCAAUGAAUGGAUGAUCCAAUGGUGGAUUCCUAUGGCUAUGAAGGAAGGUCAAUCGUUCUUUCAAAUGAAUGAUGCAAC